CGGCAACUCCCUAAAUAGCAAUGCGAAUUCGGGAAGCCUCGGGUGAAAAAAAAAAAUGGCUGAAGCAGUUUCACCAAUAACUCGACAAGUUACUAAGGAAAGUCAGGAAAUCGAGACCCCAUCUGUCGGUUAUCGUCCUGAAGACGUCGAAGAUUGUUUGAUUUACGACCGACAUGGAGUCCCUGUUCCGUUCAAGAAAUUAUAUCAAGACAGGAAAGCGGUCAUAAUUUUCGUGCGGAAUUUCUUGUGCUACAGCUGUAAAGAAUAUGUGGAGGAUUUGAGCAAAAUACCUGGAGAAGCACUGGAGGAUGCUGACGUUCGGCUGGUUGUGAUUGGUCAGUCUGCUCAUCGUCACAUAGAGCCAUUCUGCUCGCUGACGGGGUAUCCUUAUGAAAUAUACGUGGACCCGGAGAGGUGCCUUUAUCAAAAGCUUGGGAUGAAGAGAGAGGAGAAAUACACAAACUCAGCCCACCCUAGCCCCCAUGUGAAGUCUGGUAUCUUCAUGGGACAGCUGAAGAGUAUAUGGAGGGCCAUGACUAGCCCUGCAUUUGACUUCCAGGGGGACAUGCAUCAACAAGGUGGAGCCAUCAUUGCAGGACCAGGCUCCAAAGUACAUUUCUCCCAUUUCGACAUGAACCACCUGGACCACAUGCCCAUCGACUGGCUCCUGCAGCUCGCUGGAGUUCAACAGACUCUGGACUUUAGCGAUAAGCCAAAGAUCCUCCAUGUAUAGCCAGCUGGACCGCCUGAAAGCCUGCUAUGUCUCACGUCACUGUCGUUGUCACACAUGCAGGGAUGAUGCACUCAAUUUGCUUGUUCAGUUAACAAGAAAUAGUUUGGGCAACAUCAUUCUCUGUAUCAAAUAUUUGUAUCCCGUAAUUUAUUUGGUCUAUUGUUUAUCAUGUCUGUAGCAAAAUCUUGGAAAGGUCUAAAACAAGCUAGAGUGUGGAAGUUAAAUCUUGACCUUGGAAACAUCAAUUGACAAAAUGUGUAUGGUUGAGUGUGUAAACGCGAUAUGAAUGCAUUAGCAAUACUGUUAAACACAUUUUCUACCUUUCUAAUCAGAGUUCUAUUACUGUAUCUUAUGUUGUAGUAAGGUGGAUGCAUGGAUGAACACUUAAAAACAACUGGUGCACUGAUGUAAGUGAUUGGCCUUAUCACAGUCUUAUUUGUAUCCCCAUAUACACGUUGUUCAUGAGAUUGCAAGUAAAGUUGAA